AUGGGCUGCCGCCACAGAAUCGCCUACCUUUUCCUCUGUCUACUUCAUAUAAUUACUUUAAUCGCAUUGACAUUGACACUAGUAGUUUGCGAGAACAAUUUUCUCAAGUGCAAAGUCGGUGAGUUUGUGAAUCGUUUGUAUCCACUUCCUUUGUUUGACGUACACUGUGAUUUAAUAAUUUUAGUUAGGACUUCUGCUUUUAUUUGAAAAUUUGAACAACAUGAUUUUCUACUAACAGGCUUCAGGAUACAUCAGUGACAAGAAAUGAAAGAUCCAGAAAUAGGAAGGGCACUGUUGGUUUAGCCUGCAAACGGACCAUCCAAAGUUCAUGAUUUAACCAGAAAUUACAAGUUUAUUGAAUAAAAACAACGACCAUUGGUCAGUUUAGAACGCCGAAUAAAUAACAAGUGGAUAGUUCGUGCACUCUUUCUCAGCGGGCACUCUCCUUUAAGAGCUGGCUGUUCAUCGCUUUGCUGAGUCUUAAAAAUCUUGGCUCAAUCACCAGAAAAAAUGAAACGAUAAAUUUCUGUUCUAGUGUGGAAUCAGUUCAGUGAGACUCAAUUUCCACACAGGAAGGGCAUUGUUAAUAGCUGCUGAUAGAAGGCUAACCAGUAGCUUUGUGUAUGGUUUGUUUCUUAUACGAAAAACAACCCUAAGAAAUGUCACAAAUCCUACGGCGUGGAGUUUGGAAAUGUGCUUUAACUAACAAAAUCAAGGUAUAACAGAACAUGAUGCUGGAAGCUUUUCCAAAACUAACUUCUCCACUAGCAAUCUGAACGCUUCUGUCAUCGAACAUGUUUCCGACAAUAUUUGUAAUUUCUUUAGGGCCAUAUUCUUUAAAAUUACCAAAACCACUGACUUCAUGCGCCGAUUACAAUCUCCUUUCCUUUUACAUAUUUUAGAUUGCAAAGGUUUUCGAAAAUCUUUUGAAGAAUGCAAGCUAAACCUAAAAGAUAACGGUACGUUGUAGUCCUUUAGGUAGAUGUUAUUUAUCCCUAUCAGACAGGUAUGGCAGCGCUUAGGCACUUAUGAAUGUUAGUUCAUUUCAGCGAUAAUAAUAAAGGAAAAGAGAUAAUUUUUACUUUCAUUUGGCAGACAGUAUAUGCAGUAACGAAAUGUCGGAGACCGUAAAAAUGCCAACGGUCUAAUUAUGAAACACAUAUCUCGUGAAUAGCAGCGCUUAAAUGGGAAGAGUAUGCGAACCUUACCCUUUUAAUAGCAUUUGGUUAGUUACGCGGUUUGCUUUACGCCCUCAUAUAUUCCCCAAUUUAACUUGGAGAACAAGUUUGAGAUCUUUAAACGUAAUUCCCACUAAUGGAUUCUGAGACGGUCACACACAAUAACGGUUCGCCUGGUUUUAAACAUUUAAAACCUUUUUAAGCAAUUUAAUCUGAUUGCGCACAGAGGCGUUUAUCCCACUUGCAUUCCUAUUUAGCGGCUGAUUUCAUGCGUUAAUAUCCGAGGUGAAAUCUAAAAUCUGUACGCAUGCCGCAAGUGCACUCCCGUGUGGUUUAUUAGAAGUUUUUGAAAAGACAGACUGUCACUUAUUUUUAAUCUCAGGCUUAAAUGCAAGGUAAACAGCGAAAAAGCCUACUAGACACCACAGUUAAGAAAAGAUGAACCUGCUAAAUGUAGAGGACCAGUCUGGACCGCUAAUGCGGUGAUGUUCUAAAUCAAAUAUGUACGCAGGCGAACAUUAUAGACACUUUAGUAGCAGACGAUAUCAAAUGGGUUUAGUCAUGUUAAUCUAAGUCAUAUUUGGACAAGUGCCACUCAGGAUUUAACUGGUCACUUCAAGAGGGUGAAUGAGGUUUUAGGCGAUAUUUUGGAUUUGGCGGUUUCGGCUAUGAGAAACUUCGGACAUCGAAUGAUAUCUCUUAUAGUGAUUCCAGUUUGUACUUCUACAUCCACUUAAGCAGCCUAUAAGUCCUUUCGCACAAUUCUUGGGCACAGGCUUUUUUAGCUGUUUGUCAUUUAGCAGUUCCCAAAUUUUUGAUAAAGGCCAUUUCGAAAGAUUUACUCUAAGGUCGCGCAUUAAGUUCCUCGGAAAUUAAACAAUACAAAGGCCAUUUUAUAAAAUUGCUAUGAAAAUAUUGUCUUCCUAGAAAAGGCUCUUAUCAGGACAGUACUAAUUCUCAAGUACUCAAGUAACCUUGUGAGCUGCCGCUCGAGUUCUUUAACUUUUUAUGUUGUGUUUCCAAGAGGACGCAGAUUAACUACUGGUUGAGGCAAGAGAAAGGGGUCUGGGGGAACUGCUAUGGCACUCACAAGCUACACUUUCAAAUAUAUCUGAUAGGUGUGACACACGCCGAAUAAUUAAUUUAUAAAAGUAUUCAAAAUUUUCUGUUGCCCACAUUUAAGGAGACGAAAGAGAACUGAGGGCAUGA